GAUAUCUUAACGCAAAGAUCAGCACACGAAACGUCAUGAUCAGUCCUUCCUCCUUUCUAUUGCAAUGUUGCUUCUGACUUAGUGGGACUCCAGUUGUCCGAUGAAAUUGCCACACAGAUCAUAGAUCCUCAAUUCCUUUGAUCAUCGCUCAUUAGCGGCCUCGUAGAACCAGAAGAACACAAUGAUAUAACAAGAGCAUUCGCUUAUCAGUAACCAAGACAUUGUUUCCUUAUUACUCUUGCUCCUUAUAUUUUGUCAUUUCUUCUCAUUUUUUCUUAACCACAAUUACAUUCAGAUUUAAUUUCUCAUCAACCACAUUGUACCAAAAGCCCACAAACAUCUGACCAUGGCCACUCAAUACGUACCCUCCCAUCCCAAUGCUGCCGAGCUUGUCCCCUACCAAGAUGGCAUGCAACUAGGUCAAGGCUUUAACACCUUCAUUGAAGCGCGCCGCGUCGACAACGCCGUUAUCAUAACAGAUCAGAAGCCCCCCUCCACAGGUUUCACCAAAAGCUAUACUUCUGAAGAGAUUGAUACUUAUGAGAAACUAGCAAACUCUCUCAAUGUGAGCGCCGGAGCAGCCAUCAGCGGCUAUGGCGCCAGCCAAUCUGUCGAUUUUGCCUAUCUGAACAAAAACGAAUUCGAAACAAGCAUGAAAACUUUCCAAGUACGCGUCGAAUGCCAAUAUCAAGCCUCUUCUGGAAUGGAAAAAUCAUUCAAUCCCAUCGAGACGAAUGAUAAAAAUGAUACCUAUGGGAAUCGUUAUAUUUCUGAUUUCAUCCAUGGCGGUCACUUCUAUGCUCGUGUAUCUAUCUUCGCGGAAAAUAAAUCAAGUUUUACUGAGAUCUCGGAAGCUACAAAGACAGCCUUCACUAUGUACGGCGUAACCGGUGAGGUAACGCAAGAAGUAAAGAAUGCCGUAGAGAAAAUAAACAGCCUUUCCACUGUCAAAAUCGUUAUUAACGAAACGUCUGCCACUAACCACGGUAACGGUGUUCGUGUUAAGGAAACCUUUGCUACAGAUUUAUUAGCUGUAAAGGAUAUGGCCGACGAGUUUUACAAGGCUGUAGAUGCAGGGAGACACAAUUAUAUUCGCUUUGCUCUUUUAGGACAAUAUACUACAUUGCCUGACUUCAAUUCCUAUUUUCAACCAUUGGACUACACGGAAGCAAUGGGGCGGAGCUGGGAGCUUUUCAACGAUUUCAUGGAUUAUAUUUCCAUUGAAAAAUUCAUUAAAGACAUUCCCGCUAAUCAAUACAAAUCUGGACAAGCUGCUCUCACCAAUUUUGAGCGAGAAAGAUUAGACCAAAUUGAGAUCUUUCGUGCAAAGAUUGCAGCAAUAACCAAAGAUCCAAAUGAUGCCCGGACUCCAGGAACUCAUAAAGAUCCCGAAAUCUUCUACCUCGAAGUAUUGAGUGAUGUGAAGAUGCUCACUUACAUCGCCCAGAGAAUUUAUACACCAGAUGGCAACUACACCGAAGUCGCGUUACAAUCUCUCACAUCAGGCGCCGAGGAAAUGUUCCAAUUCAACGCUUUUGAUUUUGAGAACGUCGGAGGCUCAGUCGUCAUUUCAUUCGGCAAAAAAGUUGAAAAUGGUAACCACAUGUAUAUUUGUUUGUUUGGGGCACGAGCUGGGCGAGGAUCUUAUACCAAUUGGCAAGAACAAAGCCAUUUCUGGGUUUUUCCAGAUGCUGUCAAAAGCUUCACAAGUCAUAAAUUGUCUUUGUCGAAAUUGGAUACGAAACAAUACCUCAGAAUCACGAAAGAGGCACACCAACCUGAUGUUAGGCCUAUGUUUGACUUUUUUGUCGUUUAGCUUGGAGGAAGCGAAACGGUAUUCUUGCAAGAGGGGAAGCAUAAAAGCUUGAUAACAACUCAAUGUUUGAUUUAUUUGAUUUCUUUGUCAUUUAGUUGGAAGAAUGAAAGUUGAAUUUGCCAAGGGAAUAUAUUAUGUGUUUAUUUCUUA